AUGAUGGUGAGUGAGCGAUGGUGGAGGAGGAAAACAGGCCUUCUGCCCAUCGUCAUCAUUAUCUCGCUGAUGCUCGGGAAAUGUACUGCAUCAAACACGUCUACAGGAUGUGAGUCUCAUACCAUCCUCACCGAUACACAAUACUUCACCAAGGUCAUCCUGUCCUCCACACAGAACAUCCUGUCCAGGACGGUUUCCUUUACCUUUGAGAGCAUCAUCAACGAGCUGAGCAGGAGUCUGCCGAAGGGCUACACCUCCGGUACGCUCGCCGGGAAGACCUUCUAUCUGCGCAGCUUCCUCGCUACCAACAGCGCGGUCGGAUGCCAAGUCUCAGAGCUGCUCAACCUAAAUACCAUAUACUCAAGCAACGACACCGGGCUCGAGACCCCUGGCUGUACCAGCUGUCAGAUGAACCCCGACUUCGUCCAGUACGCCAUGGUCACCUGCGACUCCUCGUGCUACUGCAGCUUGAUCCGGAGCGGGAGGUACUCGGCAGCGUCUGCAGGGGGCUUCGGCGUGUCGAUCGUAGGGGCAGGGAGCGGCUGCUCGGGAUCGAUCGUGUUCACAAAUGGCUGGUCCACAGGCAGCCCGUACACGGAGUAUCUACAGUUCGGGGCGGGAAGCCCAUUUGCUUGCUCCUCGUACGGCAACUAUACAGACCUUCAGGUUCGAUGCCCUCCCAACUCAGCAGGAUGUGAGUCUCAUACCAUCCUCACCGAUACACAAUACUUCACCAAGAUCAUCCUGUCCUCCACACAGAACAUCCUGUCCAGGACGGUUUCCUUUACCUUUGAGAGCAUCAUCAACGAGCUGAGCAGGAGUCUGCCGAAGGGCUACACCUCAGGUACGCUCGCCGGGAAGACCUUCUAUCUGCGCAGCUUCCUCGCUACCAACAGCGCGGUCGGAUGCCGAGUUUCCGAGCUGCUCAACCUAAAUACCAUAUACUCAAGCAACGACACCGGGCUCGAGACCCCUGGCUGUACCAGCUGUCAGAUGAACCCCGACUUCGUCCAGUACGCCAUGGUCACCUGCGACUCCUCGUGCUACUGCAGCUUGAUCCGGAGCGGGAGGUACUCGGCAGCGUCCGCGGGGGGCUUCGGCGUGUCGAUCGUAGGGGCAGGGAGCGGCUGCUCGGGAUCGAUCGUGUUCACAAACGGCUGGUCCACAGACACACCGUACACGGAGUAUCUACAGUUCGGGGCGGGGAGCCCAUUCACUUGCUGUGAAGGUGGGUUCAGCACGUUUGUGGAUCGCUGUAGCGCCAGGAUGUGUCACAGUUGCCCCAUUGGUUUGUCUUCUCCCUCUGGUCAUGCCAGCAGCCCUGCCAGCAGCCCGGCUGAUUGCACUGUUUGCGCUCGAGGUUUCUACAUGAGUGCUGUUGGGUGUUUGCAGUGCCCAAACCAAACGACCACAAAUGACACAGGAAAGACGUCAAUCCUGGAUUGUACUGCCGUGAAUAUGUCACACGUUUGCGUGCUCAAUGCUACCUGGGAGGAUAUCGUUCACACUGUGACAAGGUCAAAACAGAUGAUGCAACGUCCGACUUACAUUACAGGUGGAUUGGGAGAAAUGAUGAAGCUGGAUCAGGAAGAAGUCUGGGUCUGUCAGUUUGAUCACACAUGCUCACAAACUCGCCGACCAACAAACGCCCCGCUGCCUCCUAACAUGACUGACGAUGGAUUCUGCUUCAUUUUUGAUGAAGUCAGGCAAUGCUUCAAGCCUUGGGGACUUCUUUCCGCGCUGCACUUGCGGUCACGUGAAAGGUAA